UUGCAUUAGCUACGUUCGAUUGUUCAGUUUGCAUUUCAUCAUUAUCAACCGAGACGUAACAAUGUUUGUGCUUCUAUUUCUCGUUUUAUUGUUGAUAAUUUUGUUGGUAUCCUGGUUGAGUUUUUAUCUAGAUAAGAAACAUACGAAUGUAAGAGGACCACUCCCUUAUCCAUUGAUUGGCAAUGCUAAUAGUCUAUUUGCCAUAGAAUCUACAGAGUUCAUGAAUGUUCUGAGUCGUCUAGAAGAAAAAUACGAUAAAACCGCUUUGAUAUAUCUAUUUUCACAACGCUAUAUUCUUACAUCAGAUCCAAAAUUUAUAGAGGGAAUUGUUUCUAGUGCCAAGCUUACUGAUAAGGGAAAAUCAUAUUACUUUAUGGAACCUUGGCUCGGUGAAGGACUACUGACAUCCUCAGGUCCUAGAUGGAAAGCACAUCGAAAGUUUUUGACGCCGGCGUUUCAUUUCAACAUUCUGCAUCAAUUCCUACCAAUAUUUUGUAAAAAUGCAACUGUAUUGAUAAAGAAACUGCAUAAUAUUGCGAUAAAGAAUUGUUCUACAAACUUGUUUCCUAUCAUAGCUUUGGCUGCCCUUGACAAUGUAACUGAAUCUAUAAUGGCUGUAUCGUUUAAUGCACAAGGUGACUCGGGCUCUGAAUUCGUAAAAGCUGUAGACGCUAUAUCUACAGUAAUUUCAAAGAGAAUGUGGAACCCUUUUUUGGACUUGUUGUUCCCUUUGACGUCAUACAAAACGAAACAAGAUAAGGCAUUGAAAAUUCUUCAUGGGCAAACUAUAAAAAUUAUAAAAGCACGUCAAGAAGAAUUGAAGAAAAUGAACAUAUCAGAGCUGGUAUUACAUACCAAACAUGGAACUAAAAACAAACAUACGUUCCUUGAUUUGCUUCUUUUGGCUGAAGUGGAUGGUAAGAAAAUAAGUGACCAAUGGAUUAGGGAAGAAGUUGAUACGUUUUUAUUUGAGGGGCAUGAUACAAUCACCUCUGCAAUUACGUUUUGCCUUUACUGCCUUGCACAGAAUCAAGAUAUUCAAGAAAAGGUUUUUCAGGAACAAAAAAAUAUUUUCGGGCAUGAAUUCGAUAGAAGUCCUUCGAGCAAUGACCUGCAACAAAUGAAAUACUUGGAAUUUGUAAUAAAAGAAUCUUUACGACUAUUCCCUUCUGUACCGAUAAUCCAACGAAAAAUUCUGGAAGACACCGUAAUAAAUGGAAUGCGUAUACCGAAAAAUACUUCAAUUGUACUAGACCUUUUUAAUAUGCAACGUGAUCCAAGAGUAUACGAAGACCCAUUAGAGUUCAGGCCUGAAAGAUUUGAGAAUACUGGAAGGAACCCAUUCACGUGGCUACCGUUCAGUGCUGGUCCAAGGAAUUGCAUUGGUCAGAAAUUCGCAAUGAUGGAAAUGAAAGUGACGAUAUCGGAAAUUAUAAGAAACUUCAUAAUUCUUCCAACAGGACAAGUUCCAAUAUUAGCAGCAGAACUUAUACUACGUACUGUAAACGGAGUUAAUCUAAAAAUUGUACCCAGGCUGUGAAAUAAUAUUUAUGAUAAUAAUUGAUAUAUUAAUUAUAAGACUACAUAUCUAAGCUAUUUAUAAAACUAUACUAAAAAUAUUCCUCUUAUUACUUGUUAAUAAUCUUUAAUUGCAAGUUUAUUGUAAUGUUUU